UUCAGUUUGAGUUUCAGCACGCGGAUUAGCGUUCACAGCGGAUUGGUCGGAGUAAAACAGAAACGUAAGAAAAUAUGUGAAAUAGGGUAAAGUGCAGUGGUUUAGUAACAGUGUAAAACAUGCUUUGUUAAUAUUUAUACGGAUUAAUAACACAAUGAGGACAGACAAAUAGUGAGUGAAACUUCAAUUGAUGAUGAAUUCCUCCAGUUUAAACGUAUCUGCUAUGGCCACAGUAACCGAGGGACCGGUUAACCUCUUUGCAAACCGGUCCUAUAUUGAGAUUCUACUGGUGACCGCACCACAAGUGGUCACCAUUGACAGGGUGGUGACGCCUAUUUGGUACAUCAUUGGCUUCAUUGGAAACCCAAUAUCAGCAAAAAUAUGGCUGUCCAGAACAGUUUGUAAAUCCAAUUCAUCAGCAUUGUACUUUGGAAUCCUUUCCAUUGUUGAAACAUUGUACCUCAUUUUGCACGUGAUUUACGAACUUCACAUGGCCUGGGGUUACAACACGUACCACAAACGGGUCUCGUGCGAGUUGUUCAACUUCUUCUUUAUAACUCCUCAGUAUAUGGUUCCUAUGCUGGUUUUAGCCUUUACAACAGAACGUUAUAUCGCCGUCUGUCAUCCGUUUGUCAGUGAGAAAUAUUGUACAGUAACUCGUGCAAAGAUUGUGAUUGGCUGUAUGUCCGUUACAUCAAUAGCUCUUGGACUUGUACAAGUGUACAUUUGGGCGUUUGAUGACGCCAUUGGAUGCGUUUUCCGUCCGUCCGCAAACGGCUUUCACACAAUCUGGACAUGGGUAACCGAAAUGCUGCUUUUCCUUGUCAUCCCCGUUGCUUGCCUUGUCAUAAAUGUGCUAGUAAUCCGGGAAAUAAAGCGAAUACAGUUUCAAAGUGCAGCGCAUGGUCAGGGGAGUAAUCCGGCCUCGACAACUACGUUGCUAUGUGUUUCAUUCUAUUUCAUUCUAACACUUCUUCCGGCGACAAUCUUUUACGCCAUACAGACUUCCGUUCCGCAAGGGAAUCCUUAUUUGAGUCUUGAAAAAUGGGCAAGUGACCCAACGUGGAAGUCGUAUUUUCUGUACCUUACUAUGCGCAAAGCGGUUGAGGAAAUAUGCUUAUCAAAUUACGCUUCGUAUUUCAUUAUUUAUUACAUCACUGGAACAUAUUUUCAAAAAGCAUGCAAAGAAAUGUGUAUGCGCUUCGUUGGUAAUAGAAUGAUGAGAUCACCAAAUAGAGCUAAGCAUACUGACUAUAGCAUGUCUACCAACAAUGGAAAUGCUGGGAAGUAUGCUGAAACAGUUAUACUAACCAAUCUGGAGCCGUAGUUUAAUAAGAAAACUACUGCGUGACAUGUUUGUUAGAAGAUUUGUAAACAUUUAUCGUAAAGCUCGAAUUCGUUUAAGAUUGAGGUCAACCAACAUGAUCUAUAUAAAAUACGUGAGCAUUGUAGUACUGGAUUGUAGAUUUGGAAAACGAGGAAGAAGUUCAUUACAUGUUAUGCUUUUCAAUGUGUGAUCUUUACAACGUCCGCCAAAUUAAUUGAUGAAAGACACACCGGAUGAAUGAACAGAUUUUUUGAAAGCUGUGGGAAAGUUUCAACAAAAUAACAUUGUCACGCCUUAAAAAUUGUAUCGGUAUGUAUAUUGCAUAAUUAUUUACAUUUUUAUUACGAUGCCAACAUGCCAAGGCGAUCAUGCAUUUUAAAUGGACACCAUGGUGAAUUUUAAUGUUUUUAAAAGCAACCCAUGAGCAAACAUCUACAAAAUGCUGUGCAACUACAAUUUAUCCGUUUUUUUAACCGAUAUUCCUAUGCCGGCGACCAAACAAAAGUUAAUUUUGACCCUUCGCGUGUUGAAAAUGCAUCUUACAUUCAUAAUCAUUAUCAACAUCGAAUCGUAUAUUACAGCAUUAUAACGAUGUUUUAUUAAAUUAUGCAUACACUACUCUCUAUCUUCUCAUGUGAAUUGAUAGUUUGCUCUGCCGUUACCUGCUUUUGCAUUAUUGAGUAAAUAACCACUACGUCUUUCGGAACUAUGUGUUAUGAAAAUGUCCAAACUACCGGUUUUCACGCGACAUUUUGCCGCAUGUGCUGUUCGUAUGGAUUAAAUUAUUGCAAGAAAUUAUGCCAUCGGUAUGAGAUGUGAUGUAUUACCCCUUGGGAACAACAGAUGCAAAGGAGUGUUUAGAGACGCCUCGGUCUAGAUAGAAAGAGUAUCGGGUUUUCAUUUAUUUAGCACACUCUUAUAAUAUAUUCAUGAAAAGCCAACAUAAAAGUGUGAUGAUACGCAGUCGCACAUGUAUAUUUUAAUUGCAUAUGUUUAAAAGUUUUGCCAAACUGAAUUGAUGAUAAACUUUGAAACAAUUAUUGAUGUAUUCAGAUCAUUCUUGCAUGAGGUAUUUUUUCGUUUGUGUGCUUUUAGAUGACUAUAUAUUUAGUCAUAUCAUUUGGUAUCUUUUGGACAUAUUAUUGGUGCCAAUUAACGCAUUACUUAGCCAGAAUUUCAAUUAUUUUUCUAGUUGUAUUUCAACGUCGAGUUCGAAUAGAACUAAUAAAAUUAUUGUAUUAAUUCUAAUAUAAUAAACAAUUGUGUUGUGUCAGUAAUAGCUGUGUUUAAUGAUACAAAAAAAGCUCAUCAAAUAAUGGCAAGUCGAAUUGAUUAUAGAAUUUAUGUCUAUUUUCAAAAUGUGGAGAAAUGCAAAACAAGUAAAAUGAACUUCAAGCGCAAAUUUGCAAAAGCUGUAACACGAAGAAAACGACAUUAUGUAUUAAAGUUUGCAUUAUUUGAAUGUAUGAGAAUAAACAAUGAAAAAUGAAUUAAAUGUUGUUUUUUAAUUAAUUAAUUGCUUUAAUUAUUUUU